CUAUGCCUCCACGUCGGUUUCAUAAAAAGUCACGUACAGGAUGCGCCGCAUGUCGUGCUCGUAGGAUCAAGUGCGAUGAGACACACCCUGAGUGUGCCAAUUGCCAACGCGCAGGCAUCAUUUGCCAUUACGCCACUCCAAGGAUAUUCUGCGCUUCUUCGGCUCUGCCGGACCACCGGGAGCAAACCCUGUCGUCAGUCAGCAGCCCUCAGUCGCAAGACAAGCAAGGUCGGAAUGACGCGAGAUUCGAUACGUUGGACCUACGUCUAAUGCACCAUUAUACUCUGAUGACCUCGACUUCACUUUUUGAUGGAAGACAGCAAGAAUUGUGGCAGGCUGAAAUCCCGACUGAGGCAUAUUCAUGUCCACUUCUUAUGCACGGUGUGUUGGCUAUUGCAGCUCUCCAUUUAGUGUCGUCCGGCUCAGCAGAGUCGUCGUCUUUACUAGACCGGGCGUUACAUCAUCACACCAUCAGCCUCCAGAUUUUUAACCGCGAAAUCUCAGAUAUUUCUUCCACCAAUGCCCACGUUUUAUUCGCAUAUAGCGUGUUAUUAAUAGUUUGGGCUUAUGCGUCAUUUUCUACUAAAAAAGACCGACCACUGCAGCUAGAUAGCUUACUGGGCUCCUUAAAACUCGUCCGGGGUUGCAAAACUGUCUUUGAGAUACAUAGCAACAGUAUUAAAAAACACCCCAUCGGCCAGUUUAUCGGAUCCGAUGAGUCGCCAAUUCGGCACGACUUGUCAGAUGCAGCUCGUCAGGCACUCGCUUGCUUGCGCACUAAGGUAGAGGACUUUAUCGAUUCCAUGGCCAUAGACUACUUAGAACGCCUUUUACAGGGAGUCAGAGCUAGUUCUGACACACGGCUUGUGAUAGGAUGGCCAGCUCUUCUUGACAAUUCUUUCUGGACUCGAAUCAAACGGCACCAACCUGUUGCACUACUGAUACUGGCGCAUUACGCGAUACUUCUUGCCCAAUUCAAUGGGCACUCCUGGUGGCUGUCAGGCUGGUCGGACCACCUCCUCGAAGCUGUGGACCACAUACUCGAAGACUCUGAUAAAACUCGGCUUGACUGGGAAAUUCAUUUAACCUGGAUCAAAUCUGAAAUGAUAUGUACUUCUUAAUGGUUUUACUCUUUAGCCAGAGUUGUGCUUUUGAGUUGAGUGGAUUGGCCAAUGGAAGAAGUCGUCUGUCCUGGACUUAAUGCUGCCGUUCCUUGAUGAGUGGAUUGGUACAGCAUACGGCUGUUAUCCCGCAUAAAUUGGGGCGGCCUGGUGUGUGUGUGUGUGUG